GAGCUUGUUUGUUCCAUUGGCUGGAAGGCUUUGUCUGCUGCUGCAUGCUCGAGGAUGCUUCUCAUAACUGAAAAUCAACUCAUCUCCUUGCUUGCACUCUAAUCUGUGUCAGACCACAGCAUCAUAGAGCAGUCGACCGGCAAUUAGGUCUGUGUGGAAGCUUGGGGGAGCUUUGUCCUCAACUGAAGGUUAAACACAAAGGAGAGAGAUUGGCAGUGGCAGGGUGAGAAGGAAAAGACAAGCAGGCAUCUCAGAUUGGAUAGCCAACAAAAGAGCGCUUGAGGUGACAGACAUGUGUGUGGGAUAGCAGCAGAGGGGCUGAUAUGAUUCCCCAUGCACAGAAGAUAACCAGAGGGCUUUGGAUUUAUCACUGACUGGGUUUGUGUCAGUUUGUGUCCCUGUGACAGAACUAACAGCCGUUAAUGACAUUACACAACCACAAUGCCUUCAUAUGAAGGACCGUGUGAUUUUAAGACCACACUAGAGGAAGAGUUCUUCAACAUGAAUACAGACAGCGGCGGACGAGCUCACAAGAGCACCACGCUCUCACUCACUCUAACCCCCAUGAAGAGAAUCCAGAGUUCCCCAAACCUGUGUGGUCUUGCAGGCACAGAAUCUCCAGUGACAGAUUCAGAUAUGUGGUGGCACUACACAGCUGGAGAUGCUCUAAGAAAUGGCAACAUGGCCACUUCGUCUUUGGCAGCUAAAGGGUAUAGAAGUGUUAGGCCCAACCUGCAGGAUAAGAAGUCGCCCACACCGGGCCUCACUCCUCACAGAAAGAGCUCUCAGCUGCAUCCUGCUGACUGUAAUCCAGGAACAUUUAGCCUCCAUAAUUAUCCCACACAAUGUCAUGAUGGCCCACUGCUCAUAACACACAACUCAUUCUCCAGGGAAGCAAUGUCUGCAAAUUCAGAGCAGAGCUCCAGAGGCAACCAGUUCUCUGACUCUGACACCACUGCCUCAGGACAGCCUCUCAGCUUUAGCAAUUUCCCCAGUGUAUGUGGCCCUGAGAAACCUAGCAUGCAUCCUUCACCCUUAGAUCACCUUAACUCACACUUACCGAUUAGGCAGAAAAAGAGACAUGUAGCCUCUCUGUCCAUUUGCAUUACACCACGGAGUCAGACAGAAGCCAGAUACAAACAGACUCUGUCUAUCAGCCCCCACACUCCACCCAAAAGGAAGGACCCUCUGGAUUCCAGAACAGUCUUUCACCCUUCACUGCCCCCUGCAGACCAACAAGUGGCCUACCCAGGACCAGCAUUACCCUCCUGCUUGCACCCUAACAGGCCACGCUUCUCCACUGACUACACCUGCUCUCAGGCAUCUGAGCACCAUUUACAUCCUCAUUCCUAUGGGCUUGCCUAUUCCAACUUGGAUCUAUAUCCAGCUCUAAGUGGCUGUUCUUCUCGUGCUCAGAGCGUGUCUUCCAUAGCCAUGCUGGAGGAGCUGAGAACAUGUGGAAUAGACUCAGAGGGAGCUUCUGAGUCCCCUUCACCCACCCUCUGCCAGCUGAGCAGUUCCACUGACAACAUGGCGAUAGACAUUGCUAUAGCUAGCACUGCUAAUGGCCAAGGGACUGUAAACGGAAGUGUUGUGGCUGCAGGUCUAAAGAGUCACCUCCAGAGACCCUUCUCCCCUUCCACAUACCCUCCUCUUCCCUCUUUCAGCCCUAGUCUUACUGCUAUGCAGCAGGGCCGGAACACUCCUGCCGAGUCCAUUUCUCCAGUCUAUGCCACUGUGGGUUCAGUGACUUCUAUGAACUCACCAGAUGAGGAGAGGAUUGGUACAGAGAGGAUGGGUACAGUAGGCAAAGCUUCCCAUUACUCAGGCAUUGGCCCUGUGGAUGAGUCUGGAAUUCCCAUCGCAACCAGGACUACUGUGGACAGACCAAAAGACUGGUACAAGAGUAUGUUCAAGCAGAUUCACAUGGUGCAUAAACCAGAGUUUGAAUAUUCCGGUUCCCAUACUGCCAGUCAGCCUACUAUGAAUGAUGAGAAGCAUAGUCCAAUUAAUAAUAUCCAGGCACACCCUGCACCUAAGAGCAGCACAUACAAACCCAUAACUAAGAGCAUUUCUGAUAAUGGCACAUGUGGACUCAGAACAUCCAGCUCCUCUUCCCUGACAACCUCAUCAUCAGCUCAGCCAAUAUCUCACAACCGUAAUAUCCGCCAGAGUGGCAGCAGCACCCCAGACAUAAAUCAGUGGGGUCCUCCAGAUAGAAAAGUGGACACUCGCAAAUACAGAGCCGAGCCUAGGAGUAUCUUUGACUACGAGCCAGGGAAAUCUUCUAUUCUAGAUCAAGAGAAAGCAAUGAAUAACUUAACACCAGAAGAGCUAGCUUUAGAGAAUGAACCCUGGUAUAAGUUCUUUGCAGAGCUGGAGUUUGGACGGCCGCCUCCUAAAAAACGUCUGGAUUAUGAUCCGGAGAGUGCGCACCGAAUCCGUAAUGAGACCUUUCUUUAUCAGCCUUCUGCUGACAGAAGCUUUGAACGACCCUCAAGUGAUAACAGGACAAGAAGGAAGUCAGAGCCCUCGGCUGCCCAGUCUCGACCUCAAAGCUCACUAAGCUCCAACCAGAGCGGAAAACAAUCUGAGAUUCAUGCUGCUCACCUUCCAGAACCAACCAGUACCAGGAACACCCAGAGAAAGCCAAUAAACACCCCUUCCACUUCCUCCUUAUCAAGGUCAAAAGGUGGGGAUAUUAGCACACUGCACUCAGCACAUUUAAAUGGUCAAAAUCCAAGUCAUGAUACCUCAUUUAAAGUAGUGGACAAUGAUACCUCACAGGUUUCGGUAGCCACAUUUCAAAAUGAUGUCCAAAAUGAAGACACAAUCAUUCUGUCUGCCUCAGAGAAAAUAAAGAAUGGCUGGCAAUCAGAAUCAGAGAGUCUGGAGCUUUCUCCUAAAACUAGAUCCUGGAGCUACGAUGAUCUCCUUUCUGAGGGCCAGGAUAAAGGAAUGGCAAAAUGGCCCAUUGUCUCAUUGACACAGAAUGGAGAACAAAAUGUUUUUCCUCACAUUGACACUAUGAAUACCGAGGAAAGCAGAGAGCGCAGCUGGCACUGUUCAUCCCAUACUGCGUCAGGUUUCCUCAAACUGUACAAGAAGAUGCACCACAUCAACCGGCAAGAGCUUAGCAGUUCACAUGUCUGCUCAGUCAAAGCCAGGAUACAGAAUUAUGAGCUUGAGCAGCAGAAGAAAAACUGCUUGAGCAACAACGGUUCCAGCAGUGAGAUACCUCAUGAUAUGGUGCACAAUAGGAUCUCUGAAUUUGAAAGUUUAAUCCAAAAAUCCAAAUCCAUGCCAAACCUCAAAAGUGAUUGCCAGAACACAGGUUCUACCAGGAGGAUUACCAACCAAAAUCGCAGCUACUCCAUUGAGUCCUUGCUAGAUGAAGAGCCACCAGCCAGAAAACCUCCAGAGGGACAACCACAGUACCACAAGAUUCUUGCUAAUGUGCCAGUUCAUAUCCAAGGGUCCAACAAUCACAUGAAAUGCUCUACUGUCCAGCAAGAGCUCUCAGACAGUGACUAUGAUGCUGUUGUGUCUGAUGUUUCUGACUUUAUACAGAUUGAGGGCUCAUCCAACUGCAGUGAGACUGACUUUGACCACUGCUCCCUCACAUCCUCGGAGAGCUUUUGUGGAUCAGGCCGUCAUCAUCGCUACAACAGGCAACUAGUGAGCUCCUGCAAAGGCAUGUGCCCAGCCUCCUUCACACGCUUUACUACCCUAAUUAAACAUGAGAGAGCCAAGAAAGACCAAAGGAAUUGCCGGCAUAUGGAGGAGCCUGACAAUGGCCUCAGCAAACUGGCCUUUCUGGUGAGCCCAGUGCCUUUUCGCAGAAAGAAGAACUCCCACAUACCAAAAUCCAAGGGAUGCAUGUACAGAGCUCUUGACUCAGCCCUCAAGGACAUCUAUGACCAUAUUUGCAUUGAAAAACACAAGGGCAGCCUUCCAGAAAACAGCAUCCUCCACAGGCUUCUGUCAGAGCUGCUACCUGAAGUUCCAGAGAGGAAGUCCUCUCUUCAGGCUCUGGACCAAUCCAGUCCAACCCAGCAUUCCCCUUGUCAUAAUAAUGAUAACAUGUACAUCCAGGACCAGCCAGAGUACUCCCAUCUGACCUGCAGUGCCUCCUGCCACUACACAGACAACAACCAGAAGAAUAAUACUCCAAGAAGCUCUCAAGAUCUAGACACAUCCAGAGGUUAUUCCUAUCCUGAUGUAGGACGACAAACUCCACAGAGCAGGAGGCCUACACCUGAUGUCAGAGAGAAAGUGCCUGCCAAAGCAAUAUACGAUUUCAAGGCGCUGACAGCAAAAGAGCUUUCAUUCAAUAAAGAUGAGAUUGUGUACAUCACACGGCAGAUAGAUAAUAACUGGUAUGAAGGAGAACGCCAUGGAAAAGUGGGCAUCUUUCCUAUCUCUUAUGUGGAGAAAAUCUCUCCAUCAGACAGACAUCAGCCUGCAAGGCCCCCUCCUCCUGCCCAGAGUACAGAGAUUGGGGAAGCUGUGGCUCGCUACAACUUCAGCGCUGACACUAAUGUGGAGCUUUCCUUAAGAAAGGGUGAGCAUGUUAUAGUGCUGCGCCAAGUGGACCAGAACUGGUUUACAGGCAAAAUCCCUGGGACAAACAAACAGGGCAUCUUUCCAGUGUCUUAUGUGGACAUCAUCAAGAAAUCACCUAUUAAAAGUCCUAGCCAGUCACCAGGAGUUGCUCACAGUUCUGCCAGCGACCGACUGAACAGUAGGCCAUCAUCUGCACACCUCAUGACCUGCUCUCCCUCGUCCACUCCCCGCCAGCAUACCUCACUCUCGCCCAGCUCCCAGAGAGCAGCUCAUCUGCAGGCAGUGACUGGAGAGUGGCUCGCCCUCACCCUCGGUCUGUCUCCUUCAGGCACUCCUGCCCCUACACCUCCACCUUUACCCUUUAAUUUCCAGCCAGAUUAUGAAAGGCUGGACUCCCCUGCUUCCACUGCACGGGCUCCUUUCCCUUCCCUGUUCAGCACCCUCACCCCUCCACUCAAAGAGGGUCACUUUGUUCCUAUAAGCUCUCCAAAAUCUUACAUGUCUCCUGAGCCCAGUCCCUCACCUCAGGCCUACCUCACUUCAGCCUCUUUUACCCCAUCCCCCAUUUCUCCCACUUUUGACUCCAGCCCCAAGUGUGGCAGUGUGAUAGAAGUGAAUACAAGUUUCAAGCCUGGUCUGCUUGAGAAUGAGCAACAUUUUUCAGAUGGCUUUGGCUUUGAUAAGUUGGACUCACCAAGAUCUUGCUGCCCAAUUGAUCUGGUUGUGUAUGAGCCUGAUGAACAACCCUCAUCCUUAAAGUUCCCCUUAUCCUCCAGAGAAACUGAGGAGGAUGUAUGUGAAGAGCUUGUGUCCAUCAUCCAGGCCAGCCAGGCAAAGCACCCCAUUGUGAAGACAGCAGAGAUUUAUAGGCAAGAUCUAACUGCUUCAGAGGAUUUACCCAAACUGUUCAUAGAGGAGGAUCAAAGUGAAGACAGAAGGGCUUAUACAGACUCACAGUCAUCAAAUACCUUCACUCCAGUCCGCCCGGUUUGUAGUCUGAUGUCAGAUCAUGAGCAGGCUGAAAGUCCCCCUAUGAGUCCAUCAUCCCCUAUCUCUUCACAACCUUUGAUUUCCACAUCCCCUGCAUUUCCCAAGAUCUCCUCCCCCCGCUCCACCCCUCCACUCCCCGGGGUGUCUCAUUCCCCUCCUCCUUCCUCCAAACAGCUCCGCUCCUCGAAGGUCAAUCCUGUGUUAAGGCAUGAUGUUGUGGUUAUCGGUAAGCCCCCCCGUAGUCCUGUGAUGUCUAGGAGGUCCUGUGGAUCGCCUGUUAAAGGGCAAAACUAUUCACCGUCCCAUAGGCGUCCAACACAGGAUCCUCUGGAAGGUGGAGAACCGUUUCAGGCCUUGUAUAAUUACAUGCCACGCAAUGAGGAUGAAUUGGAACUGAAAGAAGGAGACAUUGUCGAUGUGAUGGAGAAAUGUGAUGAUGGCUGGUUUGUGGGAACGUCCAGGAAGACCAAGUUUUUUGGAACCUUCCCUGGAAACUAUGUGAAGAGACUCUAAGCUGAGCAUCUCUCUGUGUUCUUCUGUACACUUCUGUUGAUAUGAAGCCACACGGAUUAGACAGAGAAUGUCGCCUGUUUGUCCGCAUCAUUAUCUUACCAUCAGCCCAAUACUGCAUGAGAAACGUGUAUGGAAACUAGUCUCAUUGGUCCUGGAGUGGAUUAUUACACUUUGUACAUUAGCUGAAGGACUGGAAUCCCUCAGUUCUCAAGCAGUCAUAUAUAAAGAUGGAAUUGCAUCAAAGACUUAAAAAGAUGGCUUUUUUGAAUGCCUAUAUUUGUAACAUUAUUUUUCAUUAAAGAAAAAAUAUCGGCAUAGCUGCCUUUUAGUAAAGAUGAUGAAUUAAGUAGGAAAGAAGGAAAUAAUUAACAAAGUGCCCUAUUUAUCUUUAUUUAUUGAGAGGCAUAUAUAUUUUUUCUUGUUUUGGGGUACAUUGGAAGGUUUAGAGAAUACAAUAGGAAUGUUUUGGAGACAAAGACGUGCCCCUGCUAAUCUGAACCUGCAGUCUGAUCUAAUCUACAUCUAGAUUGACCAGAAUUGCAGUGUCACGCUGAGUAGGAUUCCUCACUACUUCUAGUACAUGCACAUACAACAUGAUUCAGUAUAAACACCCUCAGAGUUUCUAUGAUUUCUGUCCCUUCAGAAUAUAUAAAUAUCUGAAGGAUUUUCUAAGUGCUUAUCAUGUUUUUAGGCCAGAAAUGUCCUGUUUUAUACAAUGCAAAAGUCAUUAACAACCGUGUGCACUGCGUAGCUGUUGUACUGCUAUCAUUUAACUGAACCACAAUAUUACCUACUGCCUAAUACUAAUUAUUUAAUGCCAUGUGAUCAUGCACACUGCAAUCUCUUAUUUAUAACUCAACAUGACAUAGCUUGUAUGUAAUAUGGCCAUUUUAGUAUGUAUGAAUCUGAGUAAAGUUUCUUAAAAAAUAAACCUAUUAUUUGAAUAAUAAAAUAUACCUUUUGUUAAAUUAUAAUCAUCAACAUGUGUUUAAAGAUUUUUUGAUUUAAAGAAAUAUUCUGAACCGUUUUCUCCCCAAUUUGGUAUUUCCAAAUCCUAACCACAAACUACAGUAAAACUCCCCAUCACAGGGCAGCCUAGGAGGGUGGAAUAAACAUGUGCUUCCUGAGAGACAUGUGAAUCCUGCUCUUCUUUUCAAACUGUUACUCAUUGAGCAUCACAUGGUAGCUCAAUACACUUGCAGGAAAGCUCUAUCUGCCCUGUAAUCAAUACAAUAGUGUCGCUCUGAAUUUCAGGAGAGAGACACUAAUGCCAUCUCUUCCAUCUUGAGACCUUGGCCAAUUUGAUUCUCUUGACUCCUGCUCACAGAUAGCUAUGGUAUCUUAGGUAGUCGAGUGCUUGAGAACAGGCAAAAGCUUUUCUGUUGCACCACUUAGGAGUCCCCCAAAACUUAUAGUUCAACUUAAGCACAAAAGUCAUUAGAAAUCACUUGCAUUAUUAAGAGCGUUACUUUUAUUUGACGCAUUAUAUUUUGUUGCAGACUUAUCUGUGUUGUCAUAUAUUAGUUUACCAGCUCCUUCAUAAUGCAUAACAAUCUGCACGAUUCUAAUCACAUCGAUGUAAAAGUCUCCAAAUUUGUCUAGUGACCUCAUAAAAAUAACAGUGACACUGUUCUAUUGUGAAGAGGAAGACAUUUAGCAUUAAAUUGAGCCAUAGCUCUAUGAUCACUGACCACAACUAGUAUUAAAGUUACCCAGAAACCACUGCAGUGAUUUGUGUUGGUGUCUUAGUUACAUGAGACCUGUGCGCUUGUUUAAACUAGAUCUCUAGUCUUCCAUCUAUUAGUAGCAGAAUUGAGGUAAAGUUGCUGUUAUAUAUAGUGUACUCGGUGAAUAACUCUACCCAAUGUCCUUUAUGCAAUUCAGUGUAGAAUAUAACACAAGACUGUGUAAAUCUGUGCAGGAAAUGAAGUGUCCAUGUGUUAACUGUGUAAAAGAUGGAAAUAUACAGGAAAAAACUGAAUUCAUGCAUUUAAAUUGACGCUAUGCUUAAACAGACUGUAUGGCAUAAAGAUACAAAUCAACAGAAUCAGAUGAAUCAAAUCAAUGUAUUUGAAUUAUCCAGACUAUCAUUAUUAAAUUUUGUCUUACUGAUAAAACAAGUGAUUAAAUGUGCAGUAUUUUUCCAUACUGUGAUAUCUGAUGCUCAGUAAAUUAAAAAGAUCAGUGAUGUAUUUAGAACAAUGUUCAGAUGUGAAAUAUGUACAUUACAGGCCAAAUGUGUGAAAGCAGGCUUUUACAGGGAAAAGAAAUGUGUAUUAACUUACUGUACAUCAAAAGCAUUGGCUGAAUGACUGCAGCAACUGUGUACACCUGAAUUUAAUGGUUUCAAAUCUAGCAAAUAAAUAUGUUCUUUUUGCUUGAAUGACUACCGACAUUCUUUUAUGACGUUUCAUCACGUAUGUUGCUGGUAUAACAUUUCAAGCCUUUAUAAAUCUUUUAUAAAUCAUUUUUGACAUGUUUUUUUCUUACUGAGCAGUUGGACUGAAGUAUACCUUAGUAAAUGAGAAGUCACAGAAUGUUAGUUAAGAAUUCAUAAAAACAAAAAAACAAAAAAAAAAAACAGCUUUUUUCCACACUUUUGCCCUGUAGUAUACAUAUGUGAAUGUACAGUAUAUACUGUAGUAAAAGAGCUCAGUAUAUGCAGACGUCCUCCAGAACAUCAAGCCAAUGAUUAUUUUUAUAUUUCUUUCUUGUUUCUCUCUGUGGAACUGUAUAUUUAAUAAAUAUUCGCUAAUCUAA